AUGUGGAUUCUCGAGCAACUCGCGCGUCUUCUUGACAGGCCACUCUUCCCAUGGAAGAAUGUCCUCGUAGGCUUCUCCUUGGGCCAAUUUGUCCUGGAAGGCCUUCUAUCUCUUCGACAGUACAAGGUUCUUCAGAAGACCAAACCACCGAAGGUCCUUGAGGGUGAGGUAACGCAGAAAGUCUUUGAUCAAAGUCAGGCGUAUGGCCGUGCCAAGGCCAAGUUCGGCUUCGUUUCCAGUCUCUAUGGUCAGCUCCAAAAUGUGGUCUUCGUCUACGGCGACGUGCUUCCUAAGCUCUGGGCCGUUGCAGGUUUCGCAUUGGCGCGGUACUUCCCAGAUCGAUUCCAGGGCGAGAUUUCGCAAACACUUUUGUUCAUCUUCGGUUUCAAUGUUCUCAGCACUGUUCUGUCCCUCCCGGUCUCAUACUACAACACGUUUGUGCUGGAAGAGAAGUUCGGUUUCAACAAGCAGACUAUCAAGCUUUGGGUGACGGAUAUGCUCAAGGGUCAAAUGCUCGGCAUUGUUCUCGGUACUCCCAUCAUCAGUGCCGUCCUCAAGAUUAUCCAGAAGACCGGAAACUCUUUCUUUUACUGUCUCUGGCUGUUCGGGAUCUUCGUUCAGGUGUUCGCAAUCACCAUCUACCCAGUUGUCAUUCUCCCACUGUUCAACAAGCUUUCUCCUCUGCAACCUGGUGAAAUCAAGACCGGAGUUGAGGACCUCGCCAAGAAGUUGAAGUUCCCUCUUUCGGAGUUGCAUGUUAUCGAUGGUAGCAAGCGCAGUGCGCACAGCAACGCCUAUUUCUAUGGUCUACCUUGGAAAAAGCACAUUGUCAUUUACGAUACCUUGCUGGAGAAGAGCGAGCCCCAGGAGGUUGUCGCUGUCCUGAGUCAUGAGCUUGGUCAUUGGAAGUUGAACCACACCACCAAGCUUUUUGGUAUUGCCCAGUCUCACAUGUUCUUCAUCUUCGCCCUUUUCUCCGUCUUUAUCAACAACAGAUCCCUGUACCAAUCGUUUGGAUUUGUCCGGGAGCAGCCUAUCAUGAUCGGCUUCCUGCUAUUCUCGGACGCUCUUGCGCCGAUGGACGCCGUUGUGAAGCUCUGCAUGAACAUUUUGAGCCGCAAAUUCGAGUUCGAAGCGGACUCCUUUGCCCAAGGACUUGGAUUCUCCGAUGAACUCGCCGCUUCGCUCAUGAAGUUGCAAAUCCAGAACCUCAGCACCAUGGAUGCAGACUGGAUGUACGCUAGCUAUCACUACUCACACCCUAUCCUGACCGAGCGCCUUGCUGCCCUCGGCUGGAAGGGGGGUAAGGUCACUGGUUUGAAGGAGGACGAUAGCGAGAAGCCCGUCAAGGCUGCUGAUCGCGAGCUAUAA